AAUUUAACUGUUUCCUGUUGAAAUUUUAAUCUUUCGAUUUUCUUGUAUAAUCUAUGUUCCUUUUCCUUGUGGUAUGGUGACAGCGUAAGUUGCCGAAUAAGCAACCAACAUGCCGCAGAACGAAUAUAUUGAGCGCCAUCAAAAGCUUUACGGUAGACGGCUAGAUUAUGAGGAGAGAAAACGGAAGCGUGAAGCUCGUGAGCCUCAUAAACGCGCUGAAAAGGCGCGCAAACUCCGCGGUAUCAAAGCUAAAAUAUUCAAUAAGGAACGCCGCAAUGAAAAGAUUCAGAUGAAAAAGAAAAUCAAAGCGCACGAAGAGAAGAAUGUCAAACAGAACACAGAGAAGGUCGCCGAAGGUGCCCUGCCUGUUUAUCUAUUGGACAGGGAUGUUCAAUCUAGGGCUAAAGUAUUAUCUAACAUGAUAAAACAAAAGCGUAAAGAGAAAGCUGGAAAAUGGGAUGUCCCCAUCCCUAAAGUGAGAGCCCAAGCGGACGCAGAAGUAUUCAAAGUCCUAAAAUCUGGUAAAUCAAAAAGAAAAGCUUGGAAACGCAUGGUCACCAAAGUAACAUUUGUAGGAGAGAACUUUACUCGUAAACCUCCUAAAUUUGAACGAUUCAUCAGACCUAUGGCACUGAGGUUCAAGAAGGCACAUGUCACACAUCCUGAACUAAAAGCAACUUUCUGUUUACCUAUAAUAGGAGUCAAGAAGAAUCCAAGUUCACAAAUGUAUACAAGCUUAGGUGUCAUAACUAAGGGUACAGUGAUUGAAGUUAAUAUUUCUGAGUUGGGUCUUGUCACGCAGGCUGGUAAAGUUGUGUGGGGUAAAUACGCUCAAGUCACGAAUAAUCCGGAGAAUGAUGGCUGCAUUAAUGCUGUGCUGUUGGUCUAAUUUAUUGUUGAGUCAAGGGAAAAUCAAGAUGCUUCAAUUACAUCUCUUGAAUUGUGAUAAUUAUACUUUUAAUAAUGAACAUGUAUAUUACAAUACAUAAAAUUUAUAUUGGUUGCAAUCUUUAUGGACUGUUCGUACCAUGUAAUGAAGAAUACUUGUUUUACUAAUUGUAUAACAAUAAAAGUCUACCGUGAAGUACA